GUUUUAGUACGUCCGCUUGUGCAGGAACGUAUCGUGUGUUUACCUAACCAUUGUUUACGUCAGUCCUCCGAGAUAAAGAUAGUUUGACGUUGGUGAUGCGGUGCGUGUAGUUCGUACCUGUUUCGCAGUUCUUUAGUGAAAAAAUCGUGUUUACAUGUCCCACCAAAUGGCAUUAAAUAGGCCCGAAAAAGCGUCCCGAUGGUAUUUCGGAGGAUUGGCGAGCGCUGGAGCAGCAUACUGCACACAUCCACUAGACCUGCUGAAAGUGCUCUACCAAACGGACAUUCGUAACAAUGUGUCGAUGCUGCAACUAUCGCGAGAAAUUAUCCGAGACGAUGGCGUUACAGCACUGUACAGCGGCGUAACUGCGGCUGUAUUGCGCCAGCUCACGUAUUCAACGACCCGUUUUGCAAUUUACGAGAUUGGCAAGCAAUCCGACUACGGCAGAGAUAGCGGUUUCUUCGGUAGAAUUGUAAUGGCCGCGAUCGGUGGUACGGUGGGUGGAUUCGUCGGUUCACCGGCAGAUCUUAUCAACGUGCGUAUGCAGAACGACGUAAAACUACCUCCAGAAAAGCGCAGAAACUACAAAAAUGCAAUCGAUGGCAUUGUGCGUGUGUGGCGCGAAGAAGGAUUCCGGCGAUUGUUUGCUGGAGCUAGUUCAGCCACUGCUCGGUCGGUGUUUAUGACUAUCGGGCAGCUAACGUUCUACGAUCAGGCAAAGAUAACGCUGUUUGAGACGGGCUACUUUACCGAUAAUAUCGGUACGCAUUUCCUUGCCUCGGUCAUUGCCGGCGGUAUUGCGACCACUAUGACGCAACCGAUCGACGUUGUAAAGACGGUUAUGAUGAACGCAAAGCCCGGAGAGUUUAGUAGCAUCGGUGCUAUUUUGCGACACAUUAGCAAACUGGGACCGGUUGGAUUUUUUAAAGGAUUCGUGCCUCGCUUCAUACGACUCGGACCGCACACCGUGUUGACGUUCAUAUUUUUAGAGCAGCUGAGGAUCAACUUUGGUGUGCUGAAAUCAUAACCAUCAUCAAGCGCUUUUAUAUCUCAUCAUAAUCGAAUCUGGGCUGGGCAUCGAUAGUGCAAGUAGGAUCUAGUAGAAAAUGUGAUUAGUUUCCUUAUAGUAAAGUAUGCUUGAGUUUUAAACAUGUAGAUAAAUAAAAUCGUAAAUAUUUAUUA